GUAAUAAUUAUAAUAUAUUGACGAAUAAAUAGGAAGCAUGAACAUUGACGAUAAAGAACAGUUCAUCACAAUUUGGUACAAAGAAUGUAUGGAUCGUGGCCUCCAAGUUCUCGACAAGAUCAAUAGCCAUGACUAUAUCAUGGAGGAACCACAGGAGGAGACCCAUUCAGGAUCACCAAAUGCAAAUUUAAUCACCAUUGAGGAAAGAAUUGACAUUUUUAAAUAUUUUCUGGACAAAUACGAGGGUUUUGAUCGGUCUAUGAUGUGCAAUUAUUUGUUCAUGACUGAAUUUUUAAAUAUUUUACACCCACAAGAAUUUCCCUUCACUGCUCUAUACCAAGAUCUUAAUGAGCAAGAUGGCCAACACAGUGAUGAUGAGAGCAUUCUGAGGGAACUUUUACUGCACAUAAAUAAAUUCUUCAGUAGAAGGAACUUGAAGGCGAAACCUGGGUAUCUUAAGGAUAUUUUGAGCAAUUUUGACCAAGAAAGUAGCUACUUUUUGGUACUUGAGAUUAUCUUCACCAUUGCCUUUAUGUCUAAGGAUGUUUAUUCAUUGUUAGACUACCCUAAGGAAUUCUUCAAUAGCUCACUAUCCAGCCUUUCAGAGUCAUACAAUCCUGUUUCAUUUGGAAAAACCAUGCAUAUACUAAACUCAGUACUAAAUGAUAUGUUUGAGGUGAAAGAGAACAAUACUGAUUUUAUCCGAGAUCCUAUGAAGCGAGACACUUGCAUUAUCUCUCCAAGAGCCCCUAUACCAGGCUCUGAUGAGUCUGGCAGCACAGCUGAGGACUCUGAAAAUCCUUUGGUGAAGUUCAACAAGCAGUUCACCUUACAUAUUAAGAAUGAAACGCUUGAAUCUGAAGAAGCCAAUCCUUACUAUGACCAAGAUGAAGAUGAUAUGUGUGAACUUGACUGGCUCAGGCUCAACAAUGCUACCGAGGAAGAGUACCUUGACAUGCUUGACCAGAAGGAAGAAGAACACAAGCAGAAAAUCAUAGAAGCUCGUGAGCAAGAACUUAGGCUCAAACACAUCAUUGAAGAGCGCAAUGCUGAGAAAGAGUACUCUUCGAAUCUUCAGGAGAUCUGUGACAAACAAAAAGCUCAGAUCAAGGCUCUCCUUGACAAGGUAUACAAGAAAGAAAAGAAAGAAAUUGAUUAUAAGAGCGAUAUCGAUAUCAUACGUGGUAAGGCCUCUCUUCGGGAAGAAGAGAUCAAAAACCUCAACAAGAAAUUACUGAGGCUUGAGAAAUUCAAGCUCCAGUGCCGAGACAAGGACGAAGAGAUUGCUAUCCUCAAUAGCCAUCUCGAUGAGAUGAACUCAUCUCAUAGCUACGCUAUGGAGAAGGUUCAAAGCUUAUCGAGGGAACUUGACAGGGAGAGGAAUCUUUCUAAGAAGUUUAAGCAUAACUUCAAUCCGUACUCCUCUCCUGAUCUAGAGGAAAACUCUCCUGAGGAGUUUGACAGAAGCGUAGAUUUCUCUAGCGAGAGAGGCAACCUAAUGAACGAGAGCUCCAUACUUGAACAAGAUAGUAAAGAGAGACACCAAGAUGGUGAUACAGCCAAUCUUACCCUAGAAGAUGAGCUAGGCAUGCUCGGACUAGAGGGUGAUAAUUUUGAGAAUAAUGAUAUAUUCGAACCUAGGCAAGCUCUUUACUCACUUCAUGAUGAUCAAAGUGAGGUAGAGCUAUGAGAUAUCUCACCAGAAGCCCCAUUCCCAACUCUUGAGGAGAAGAAGUACUCACCUUACGAGGAGAGUAAGACUGCUCGAAACCUCAACAAUGCCUUCUGCCUAUCUAAGGAUGAUGGAAUCGAAGUUUCACUAAAGGAUGUGAGGAUAGCUGAUCUUGAGAAAAAGGUUGAAAUCGAGAAGGAAAUGAAGGAAAAUUACUACAAAAAGUACACUGAAUACAUGACCAAUUUCAUCAAGGCUGAGAAGAGGAGGAAGGAGAUUGAGGUCUACCUAGGUAUCAAGAAGAGACAGCAAAGUAAAAUGAAGAAAAUUGUGGCUGUGCUGAUCCCGGUGAUCUUCCUGCUAGUAGCAAUUUAUUUCAUGAUAGGCUAAAACUUCAUUUUGACCAUGCUGUAAUAAUUUAUACUGUCUUCAACUGA